AUGGAAUUCGAGGAUCAACCAGAUCUUCACGAACAAGAAGAAGAGGAGGAAGACGAAGAGGAAGACGAAGACGAAGAAGAGGCUAAUGAAGAAGAGAGGUUUGUGGCGACCUACGAUUUGGUAGGAAAUAACAACAACAAUGAUAUUCAUAAUAGCCCCUCCAGCUCCCGACCAAAAUUAAGCACCGCUACCGGCGCACAGGAGCAAACGCCGGCGGUGGCGGGGACGCCGACGAGGAGGAGGAGCAAGUACAGAGAGUGCCUGAAGAACCAGGCCGUCGGGAUCGGAUCCCACGCGGUGGACGGCUGCGGGGAGUUCCUGCCGUCCGGACCAGACGGCACCGUCGACGCCCUCAAAUGCGCCGCCUGCACCUGCCACCGCAACUUCCACCGCCUCGAAAACGGGGAGUACUCCACCACCGCAUCACCGCCGCUCUUCUUCCACCACCACGCCGCCCUUCUUCCUGCUCCCCCGCCGCCGCCUCACCUCCCACCGCCAGCGACGCCGAGGCCGCAGCAAUUCGCUCCUCACUACCGGAGCAGCGCCGCCAGCGCUACCGCGGGGAGGAGCAACAAGCGGAGGCCGCCGCCUCUAACAUUGCCGUCGACGGCGUCGGAACAGGAGGUGGAGGGUGGGUCGAAUCCCAGCAGCGGAGGCGGCGGAGGAGGAGGGAGGAAGAGGUUCAGGACGAGAUUCACGGCGGAGCAGAAGGAGCGGAUGUUUGAGCUGGCGGAGAGGCUUGGGUGGCGGAUUCAGAAGGAAGACGAGGCGGUGGUUCAGCAGUUCUGUCAAGAGUGGGGAUUGAGACGUCAAGUUCUUAAGGUUUGGAUGCAUAACAACAAACACACCCUCGGCCUCAUUCCUAACAACAACAACAACAACAACAACCCUUCCCCUCAGUUACAGAAUUAG